AUCUUGAUCGAUUUUGAAUUUCUCUCUAAUUUCAUCACCUUUCUUGUUUCAUACUUUCAUCAGUCAGACAGUCACCGCCCUCACCCCAAUUCCUCAACAAAAAACAUCAGACGACAAAGAAGAAGAGACACUGUUCAAGCAUCCCUCAUCCAUGGCUUCCUCUGCAACUGCUUCAAAUUCCAUACCUUUGUUCAGAAAGCUUGUCUCUGUAUAUACGUUCCUCUACUUUUUGUUUCUACAGAAAAUAUUACAAGCUCACUGCUGAUAAACUGUUUUUUCUCCGCUUUCAGAAAGAAUCCGGUCUCCCUUCUGUAUCUCCAUCACCUUUCUGCAUUCAGAAAUGCAGGAAAAAAGUUCUACGCCAGUUGUUGCAGUCAUGUCGCCUACGCAGUCAGAGAGGGACCCUUCGACCACUGGUUCAGUGAAAACUGGAAUGACAAUGACAGAGAAGAUUUUAGCAAGGGCAUCCGAGAAAUCCCAACUGAGUCCAGGUGCGACUGUCUAGGUGAACGUGGAUGUCUUCAUGACCCAUGACGUCGGUGGGCCGGGGACGAUCUCAAACUUCAAGAAGGAGUUCGGAGAGAAUGCAAAGGUUUGGGACCGUGAGAGGAUUGUUGCUAUACCUGAUCAUUAUAUAUUCACUAGUGAUGAACGUGCAAAUCGCAAUUUGGAUGUCUUGAGGGGUUUCUGUUUGGAGCAAAAUAUCAAAUACUUCUAUGACAUCAAGGAUCGCAGUAACUUCAAGGUGAACCCAGACUAUAAAGGUGUAUGUCAUAUAGCUCUUGCACAAGAAGGCCAUUGCAGGCCAGGGGAGGUACUUUUGGGUACAGACUCCCAUACUUGUAAUGCUGGAGCUUUUGGGCAGUUUGCUACUGGAAUUGGCAACACUGGUGCAGGUUUUGUGAUGGGCACUGGCAAGCUCCUUCUGAAGGUACCCCCAACAUUGAGAUUUCUAAUGGAAGGUGAAAUGCCCAAUUAUUUGCUUGCUAAGGACUUAAUUUUGCAAAUUAUUGGUGAAAUAACUGUGUCUGGUGCAACAUAUAAGUCCAUGGAAUUUGUUGGCUCUACUGUUGAAAGCUUUACUCUGGGGGAAAGAAUGGUGUUGUUCCUGCUGACAGUACUACAUAUAAGUAUCUUGAGGGUAAGACAUCAGUGGCUUUUGAACCACUGUAAAAGUGAUGAUAAUGCAAGAUUUUUAUCUGAGUACAGGUUUGAUGUCUCGAAAUUGGAACCAUUGGUGGCAAAGCUACAUUCUCCUGAGAAUCGUGCUUUAGCAAGAGAAUGCAAAGAUGUAAAAAUAGACAGGGUAUAUAUUGGCUCAUGUGCAGGUGGAAAGACUGAAGAUUUUAUKGCUGCAACCAAAGUUUUUCUAGCUUCAGGGAAAAAGGUGAAAGUACCAACUUUUCUUGUACCUGCCACCCAAAAGGUUUGGAUGGAUAUAUAUAGCCUCCCAGUUCCAGGAUCUGGUGGCAAGGCAUACUCGCAGAUAUUUGAAGAAGCCGGUUGUGAUGCACCUGCAAGUCCUGGUUGUGGUGCUUGCUUGGGUGGCCCUAGACACACUUAUGCACGUAUGAAUGAUCCCCAGGCAAGUUAUCAUUUUCUUAAGAUUCAAAUGUUGUUCAUUAAAUGGAUGCAAGAACUGAAUAUCCAUCCUAAACUACCAUUGCAUAUUUCCAUUCUACGAAAAGAAAAAAAAUAUAAUGGAGCCAGAUUCAUCCCAUAAAGAUUAAUAUGACAAGCCUUAGUUUCAUCUUUCUCCAAGAGUCCAGUACCACAUAUUCAUGUGGUCCAAUAUCUCAUCCGAAUGGGAUCUAUGACUGGUAUUGUUGGGUGAGUUCAAAUAUGGAACAAACUGGAUAGUUAACAAUUGCCCAUGAAUUAACUGUUAAGAACUACUAAGAUUAAUUACCUCCUUUAGCGUUCCAUGAACCUGUGGGAGAUCAGAAGGGUUAGAUACUUUGAUUGGUUAUAGUGGCGGCGGCAGAACUUUAAGAUUUUGUCCCUCCUUUCAACCC